AUGACCAAAAGAACUGGGUGCAAGGCCUUUAUGAGAUUGAAAGAGAGGAGUGAUGGUACCUGCAUUGUCAAGGACAUUACACUUCAGCACAACCAUACCCUGCUGUUAAGCCCAUCAAUGCUAGUUUUCAUGCGUUCUCACAAAAAGGUGGAUCCAACAUUGAAGGGGUUGGUAAAAGACCUUCAGUUCAGCAAUAUAAAACAUGUAAACAUAAUGGGCCUGCUUACAAGGCUGCAUGGUGGCCGUGAUAAGAUUGGCUGCCACAACAGAGACAUACUAAACAUGAAAGCAGAAAACAAGAGGAAGGAGUCCAUGAAUGAGGUGCAGAAUAUGUUCAAAUUCUUUGAAGACAUGAAGAAGGAGAAUGAAAAUUUCUUCUAUGACUACAAGGUUGAUGACGAAAACAGAUCGGAAAAUGUUUUCCGGUCUAAUGCUAGCUCGAGGGCAGCAUAUGCAGAUUUUGGAGAUUGCAUAACUUUCGAUACUACUUACAAGUCGAACAAGCACCACUUGCCCCUUGCAGUAUUUGUCGGCGUAAACAACCACUUGCAGUCAACAAUCUUUGGUGUUGCGUUGAUGGGAAACGAGUCAGAGGAGUCCUUCAAAUGGGUAUUCAGCAGAUUCCUUGAAUGCAUGGGCGGUAAACAACCAAUCUGCAUACUUACAGGGUUGUUCUGCCACCAUGUCAUAGCUGUCUUUGAGCACCUACGCCUGGAUGAGAUACCAAGCAAGUAUAUACUCCAGAGAUACACCAAAGAUGCAGUGACAAACCCUGAUUUCAACCGCAGAGACUACAGGACAACAACAGAUGAUGGGACUUCAAUUGAAUACGGACGAACAAUCCUUUACAAGUGA